UCUUUCUUAUGUGAAAACACAUUGGCAACAAUGGAACCGAUCGUGUUCAUCGACUCUCUGGACAACAUCUCGAUCGUCAAUCUGAACGUGCCGUCGCUGUCGCCGUCACGUGACCACCUCUACGACGACUUCGACUGCAAGCACGCGUCGGCGCUGCUCAGCGACCACCUCGACGAAGAGUGUCCGCAGGAGUCGCCGUUCGCCUUCGACCUCCACGACGACCCGAUGGACGCCAGCUACCGCUCGCACCACCGCCGCACCACUUCCUCGCUCGACAAAGUGCGCACGUGGAAGAAGUACAAGAACAAGAAGCACCUGUCGCAGCUCGAGCUCGACAGGAAGCGCGACCUGGCCAACAAGCAGGAGCGCCGCCGCAUGCACCGCUUGAACGACGCGCUCAACCGGCUCCGGGCGGUGAUCCCGGCCGAGCUGCAGCACCCGCCGCCGCGACGGCUCUCGAAGAUCAAGACGCUGCAGUCGGCCAUCAAGUACAUCCGGCGUCUGCAAGAGCUGUUGCGAGACAACAAUUAA